AGGUGAAACACGCCAAGAACUGUCCCAUCGAUUGUGCUUCUGUUUACUACAACGGGCUCCACCGCUCUGGUGUCUACAGCAUCAUGCCCUUGGUUGGAGGGAUGCCUAUUGAAGUACUGUGUGAGAUGGACACUGAAGGUGGGGGUUGGACAGUCAUCCAGAGGCGUCAGGAUGGCUCAGUUGACUUCAACAGAACCUGGAAUGAGUACAAGGAAGGGUUUGGGGACCUCAAUGGUGAGUUCUGGCUGGGCAAUGAGAACAUCCACAAGAUGACAAGCCAAGGGGACUAUUCUCUGCGCAUUGACCUGGAGGACUGGAACAACAAGCACAAGCACGCCUUCUACCAGAUCUUCAGCAUUGAGGACGAGGCCAACUAUUACCGCCUGCACGUUGAUGGGUUCAGUGGGACGGUGGAGGAUUCCUUCGCCUGGUACCACAACAAGAGAAGCUUCAGCACACCCGACUCGGGGAACAUCUGUGCUGAGAUUUCCCAUGGAGGCUGGUGGUACCACCAGUGCUUUUUCUCCAACCUCAAUGGGGUGUACUACAAGGGUGGUCGAUACUCCAUUAAAAACAGGAAGAUCCUGGGGCCAGAUGGUAUCGUGUGGUACUCAUGGAAGGACACAGACUACUACUCCUUGAGGAAGGUGGUUAUGAUGAUUCGCCCACGGACUUUCCGGCCUCAUCUCUCCCCAUGA